AACCAGUUAUGCCAACAUCCAAAAAUCAAAAGACCCAGAAAACCUCAAGGAGCAUCUUUGAAAGGAUAACUCAACAAGGCGCUAUUGACCUUGCAAAUGAGCAAGAGGAGAAUAUCUACCUAUUCGUACCAAAUUUGAUAGGUUAUCUUCGAAUCGUUUUUGCUGCACUGGCAGUCCGUUCUAUGAAAGAUCACCCCAAGGUCUGUGCCGUACUCUACUGCAUCAGCGCAAUACUCGAUGUAGCAGAUGGUAUGGCCGCACGAUCAUUCAACCAGACUUCAAAACUUGGAGGUGUUCUUGAUAUGGUCACAGAUAGAUGUUCAACGACUUCUUUAAUGGUAUUCCUUUCGUCAGCUUAUCCUGACUGGUCUACGCUCUUCCAAUUCCUUAUCGCACUUGACUUCUCCUCACACUUUAUCCACAUGUAUGCAUCACUCGUCACUGGCGCAACAUCACACAAGCUCAUCCAAUCGGAGGUAUCUAAGAUUCUUUGGCUUUAUUACAACAACAGGAUUACCCUUUUUAUCUUUUGUGCAGGUAACGAAAUAUUUUUCGUCGCACUUUACAUUAUAUACACCAGCAAACUUCCUGCUAUCGGUUUAAGUGCUGCAUUGGUACACUCAUUAGUUCCUGAUGUCUUGAAACAACAGAUAUCAGCUGCUGCAUUUGAAAAUUUCACAAACUACGUCAUCAAUAUCAAUCCUGCUCACUUGGUGGCUAUCGUAACUUUCCCUAUUUGCUUCACAAAACAAGUUAUAAAUGUAGUUCAAUUCUGGAAAGCUUCAAAAACUUUAGUUGGCGUAGAUUUGAGUGAAAGAGCUAACAAUAGACAAAAAAAGCAAUAAUAAUUUCCUUAAUGCAAAUGGAAUAACUUUACGCGUUUCUAGUUACACUUUUUUCUCUUUAUUACUGUAAUUUGCCUUUAAUGAUUAGGUCAAUUUGAUUAUCAUAAAUAGUAUUAUCCAAGAUAUGAAAACUAUCACUAUCGAACUGAAAGUUAGACAGGUAGUUGCACGGCUACUGCUUGAGAAAAUAUUGAGUUGUUUCCGUUGUGUCGUCAUCUUAUCUGCAUUACCUUCCAAUUUGUUGCUAGUUUGUUCAAUAAGGGGCAUAUCGCUACUCAAGCCUUGUGACAAUGCCAAAGCGUUCUGUUUGAGCUGUUUUGUCAUGGCUAUCAGCUCUUCAGACAGAUCAUCUUGUUCUGCGCGAGCUGAUCUUUGUGAUACUGCACCAUUGGUAUCCUUGCCUUUCCUUCUAGACUCAUAAAGUUCCUUUUCUUUGUGAUAGUCGUACGUAUACGAUGGUUGUGGCUUUUUGACAGGUUCGGAUGGUUGAACUGGUUGUGACGUUGUAGGCUUCUCGAGAGAAACUUCAUUCACUGUAUCCGUGAGCUCUCUAGGAACAAAUUCAGGCUCUUCUGAUAGUGUUUCUUUGUUAUCUAGAACGGCAUCGAUAGUUGGCGGUAAAGUUGGGUAUACAAGGUCGCUGGAAGCCUUUUUCUCUGUACUAUCUACAAAUCCUCUAAAGUUGUCGUAUCCCUCAAAUUCGAGUCCAAUAUUUUUACGGAGAUGCUCAAUAUCAGUCAAUAGCGACAGCGCUUUAAUAUAUAUUUCAAAUUCAUUUCCAGCUUCUAUUUGCGCUGUUAUACUGUCUACUUCUCCCUUUAGUCUGGCUGAUAGACUGUUCAGUGCGUCGUUCGCGUUUCUCAUUUGAUAGUUGAU